CAAAAGGUUUAUCCUCAUUCAAAGAAACAUUGAAAGUAUCAAAUGGUUGCCUAACUCAAAUGCUAAGCAGAAACAACUUAACUUACCGUCGAGUAACAGGUGAAGGACAAAAAAUACCAAUAGAUGCACCGGAACGGGCUGAUUAAUUUCUUGCUAAAAUAAAAAAUUGCUACCAAGAUCAUGAUAUGAUUUUGAACAUGGAUAAAGCGCCAUGUUACUUUGAUUUACCAGGAUCUGCAACCUAUGAUUUCAGUGGCAUUAAAACUGCAAAAGUGGCAACAACUGAGAAUGAGAAGUUUUAACCGCAGGAGCUCAAAGACAAGGUGACGAGCAUAAGGCUUUUAAACUUCCACCAAUGGUUAUUUGUAAAUGCAUGGAGAAACAGAGAAAGUUGAAAAAGAAGACGAAGAAAAAGAAGAAAACAGCCAGCAGAUUGACAAAUUUUUAUCCCGGAACAAUUUUGUCCUGUACCUGUCUGCGUGUUUUUCAUCACGCGAAAAAUUAUGCUUGCGAAAGUAUGUGCUCUGAAGUGGAACGAAUGAUAACACGAGUCAUGGGUCGUGAUAACGACUUUGCCAAGUUAUAUAAAAUGACGGUCAGAAAAAAAAAAUAUUCCCGUAAUUGCUUAUUUACUUAGCUAUCAAUAUAUUUUCUGAAGUCAAAUCUUGUUUUUAAAUAAAGCUUUAAUUUAAUUUACAAAAUUUAAUCACGCGUUUUAUCGCCAUACAACUUAGUGAGAUGUUCUAAUGUUAUUGUUAAAAACAACAUUAUAGGCAGCUCAAAUUUCAAACUUGUUGUGAAGUAAAUUUGCUAAACUACAAACACACGAAUUCUAAAAAGUUUAUCGUAAUUUCCAAAAUGUCUGCAGAUCUCGUUGAAGUGAAUGACGAUGUUGGUACCGGAAAAGGUUUAGUGGCCAAAACAUUUAUUGCUGCAGGUUCAGUAAUCGGAGAUCUUGUCGGUGAAAAAUUACCUCAAGCAAAUAUGCACUCUAUCCAUACUCAACUACACGAGCACACGGAAGUUUCCAGUCUUAUAAAAUAUACCUCUCACGCGUGCGUGCCUAAUUCUGCAUUUCAAUUUGAAACCGAACCGUGGAAGCUAGUAGCAUUGAAAGACAUCUCAAAAGGAGAGUUGAUCACUUAUGAUUACGAAACAACAGAGUAUAUAAGCUCUGAUCCGUUUGAUUGUCAAUGCAAAACCUCUGGUUGCAGAGGGCAAAUGAAAGGGUUUAUUUACUUGGAUGAAUCAGUGAAAGAAAAGUUUAUAACAGAUGGGAAAGUAUCUCCAGUUAUAGAAGCACUGCACAAAGAAGAGAAACAAAAAUAGAAAAUGUAUUUGAAUGAAAUACUUUACUUAUGGGGGCAAUUGAGUAGUUGUUGUUACUUUGUUGUAUUUUUAAAAAAGAUAUUGAUUAUGUUUUACUUAUGAA